AUGAAUUUUCUUCGAUCUCUGUACAUCCUGCUCAUCGCCUUCUUUAUCUUUGUUUUCCUGUUUGUUCAAUACCAGCCGUUACGAUAUCUACAAACAAAAUCCGUGGACAGGGAAGCCACAGAAAUGAAAAAAGAAAAAGAUAGUAUGCUUCAAGAAAUGAAAAAAGAAAAAGAUAGUAUGCUUCAAGAAUUGAAAAAAGAAAAAGAAAAUAGGCAGAAACAAAUGAAGGACCAAAACGAAGACAUGACAAAAAAAAUAACAAUAACGAAACCAAAAGAACCAACUGUUCCUCAAAACAUUGGAGUAAAAGAUUUGUGUACAUUGCUUGAUAAAGGUAUUCAAGUUGACUCUUGGUGGAAAUAUGUUUGUUUGAUUGAAAGGAAUAUCGAUAAGCCUCUAGGUUAUAAUUGUAAGAAUGCUAAGAACAUGGGAAAUUGGAAAGUUUGUUUUGAUGAAAAAUACAGCCCUAUUCGUCCAGAUAAACCCUGUUUAGUUUAUUCGUUUGGGAUAGCUUGGGAUUUUACAUUUGAUAUCGCAAUGGCGAAAGAAGGUUGUGAGGUGUAUUCAUUCGAUCCAAGGAAGCCUCAGGUCUGGAAAACUCGAACAUUGAGGUCUGUUAUGAAAAUGUUACACCACGAAAAUAGAGUGAUCGACGUAUUGAAAUUUGAUAUUGAGCUAGCUGAAUGGAAGGUCAUGAUAAAUAUUAUCAAAGAUGGAAUGCUUCCUCAAAUACGACAGCUACUUACAGAAUGGCACAUCUUUCCAGGAGCACCAAAAAGAGAUGAACUUAAAACCUUUUAUGAAAUGCAUCGUGAUUUGCCAUCACACGGGCUGGAGACGUUUUUUAAAACGGGUCAUGCUCGUCAACAUUCUGAUUUACUAAAAUUUAAUUCCCAAGCCGAGUCUUGUUAUAUCAAUGUCAAGUUUACGGACUCAAAAUAA